AGAACGAGUAACUGGUUAAGUUCAGUGUUAGGAUUUGAACUGUGGUUAGGUUAACGUUAGGGUUAGGCAUGAUUAAUGUAGGGGACAACGCUUUGUUUAGGCUGUCCAAAUGAAUGGAAGUCAAUGCGGUGUCCUCAGAAGCGCUAACCUGCGUGUGUUUCUGAAAGAAAACACAGUGAACCAAUGUAGACACGAUGAAAUUAUUCAAAAAAAGAAAAAGAAAAGAGGGAAAAAUGUCGUUUUGGUGCCUUGGACGAAGCAGAAGUACGCUACAAGAGAAGUUCAUUGAGCAGAUGCAGCUCCUGAGUGAAGCGUGUGUAAGUGGGAGGGUCUGCAGCACCACUUCACUCACUUAAGCGGCGCAGAGCUCGUGAGUGCCAGUGUGGAUUACAGACAGCACGCAGGUGACUGGACCGAUGAGAUGAUACUAAAACACAGCAGGAGUCCUCUUCUGCUCACCGUCACCUGCAUGUACUUCUCAGGAGGUCUGCUCUGGUCCUACCAAGAAGAGGAUGUCAGUGACGGUGAAGAGUGCUCCGAAAAUAACAUUUCUACAAGUAAAUACCCCUGCGUGAAGACGUCUGGAGCAGUCACGACGUGUUUCAGGAAGAAAUGCUGCAAGGGCUUCAAGUUUGUGUUGGGCCAGUGCAUUCCUGAAGAUUAUGACGUGUGUGCUGGCGCCCCCUGUGAGCAGCAGUGUACUGAUCAUUUUGGUCGAGUUGUGUGCACCUGUUACCCUGGCUAUCGCUAUGACCGGGAGCGCCACAGGAAGCGAGAGAAGCCCUACUGUCUGGACAUUGACGAAUGCGCGGAUAAAAACACGACAGCAUGUCCUCAGAUCUGCGUCAACUCUGUGGGGAGCUACAGGUGUGAGUGUGAGAAAGGCUUCUUCCUUGAAGAAGAUGGUAAAACGUGCACCAACGGGGAGAGAGCAGUGCAUCUCUUUGAGAAAUCCGACAAUGUGAUGAAUGCUGGAACCUGCUCAGCCACCUGUGACGACUUCCACCAGAUCAAGGUGUCUGUUCUGCAGCUUAAGCAAAAGAUGGCCAUGCUGUCAAAUAGUGCAGAUGUCCCUGAGCAGAUGACCAGUGAGAAAAUGCCUGCCAUGUUUUUACCGGGUCCUCCAGGACUCCCUGGCCCUCUAGGAGAUCCAGGACCAGAAGGCCCUCCGGGACUUAAAGGUCCAUCGGGGCCACCUGGCCCUCCUGGUCCUAGGGGCUUAAUGGGGCCCAUUGGACUCACGCCAGACCUGUACCACAUCAAACGUGGCCUUCGAGGACCUGUGGGCACUCCAGGAGCACCAGGAAAGGACGGCCUAAAGGGCGAGAGAGGAGCUCCUGGGCCUGUUGGACCACCGGGCCCACCAGGCUCUUUUGACUUCCUGCUCCUGCUGAUGGCAGACAUCCGUCAUGACAUCGCUGACCUGCAGAGCAAGGUGUACGGCCGACCGAUGCCCUCCCCAGUGGACGACUUUGCUGCGGUUCCCGACGGCUGGAGGGACAACCAGGAGAGUGUAGAUACAGGGUCUGGUGAGGGCGAUGAAGAGGCUCCACCUCGAACAAGCGGAGGCUCCAAGAGGACCAAGAUGAGGAAACGAGCACAAGAAAGAACUGACUUUGACUGAAAUAUUUAAAGAGGGUGGAUUUAAAUACUGUGUUCAGAUGUAAAUACUGUGGCUUGUAUUUUUAUUUAAUUGCCCUGUAAUUUUUUUUUUUUUAUCAUAGAUUUAUUUUUGUAUAAUAUACAGGAUGAUGUGUUUUCUUUUCUUUUUUUUGUUUUUAGCGCCAAAGUCACCAUGGCCUAAACCAGCUGUGGCACUGAAGAUGCUGCAAACCCUUUUGUUUUUGAAGAGAAUUUUAUUUUUCUGUAGAGUAAAUGCAUUUUCUGAGGGUCAUAGCAUCCUUUCACUGAAAUCUGAUGUUGUUAUCUCCCAUGAGGAUACCCCCCAUUUCCAGAAGUUCCACAAAAAGACUACCACUCAAAGCAAAACGUACUUUUGUGCUAAAUGUUAAAUUGCAGCACAUUUGUGGCAUUCACUGUGGAAGGAGAGGUAAGCCACACUAAAGGCGCUGCAGCAGAAACCCUACAUAUACCUGUGUUGCUGAACGAGGCCAGUUCAAAGCUGUCUGCAACUGUAAUUUUGAAUUUCCAUCAGAAAUGUAUGGUUUCUUCACAGCGCCAUUAAACAUGUCACUCAUGUUAACAGU